CUUAAAAAGAGUGCAGCUAUGCUUUGGAGAGGAAAGCAUUUCAGCAGAGAGGAGGAAUCAAUAGGGGAGAGGGAAAAAGAAGAAAAAAAAAAAACGUACAAAGUUCGGCUUCCUCUCGCAUUCCCCUAAAUCUGGAUUUGACUUCGACCAGCAUCUGUUCUCAUAUAAGUGCCUUCACUUUAAGUCGCCAAGAUGCCAAAAGGAUUUCUAGUGAAAAGGAACAGGAGGACGGUACCGGUGUCCUACAGGAUCCGCUGGGAUGAGGAUGAUCAGGACGCAAGGCAAGCCUCGCAGAGCCAUGGAGACGCGCAUCCCUCGGCUUCCCUUGCAUCCAGCCCCUAUCGUCCUGGAUCUUCAUCUCCAAGCAAUGAUGCAAACUCUCCGGUGUCAAGAGAAGACCCCAAACCUGUGCAGUUCGGAAACCCGGACACGGUGUACCAAGCCCUGUACAGCCCGACUAGACCCAUCAGCAAGGAGCACGAGAAGACAUAUGCUGAUGGACGUUUGAGUCUGGGCUCGCCGGUGUCCGCUGAGUCCUUCCCCACCCCUGCGAUGCUCAGUACUUUGGAUCACCUCCUGUUUGCUCCGGUGGACUUGAAAAUCGGCACCAGCAACAGCAAUCGGAGCGGUUCUGCCCUCCCCGCCGCCUCCGCCGGGAACUCCCUCAAGAGGCUGUCGUCGGACACGGAGCGCAAGAGCAAACCGCUCUCCAAGAAACCCAAAGCCAUCAGGAAGCUGCAUUUCGAAGACGAGGUCACCACCUCCCCAGUGCUUGGUCUGAGAAUCAAAGAAGGACCAGUGGACCUAAAACCAAGAGCGCAGUCGAGCAGAGGCAGCCAGCCUUUAGGGGAAUUCAUCUGUCAACUAUGCAGGGAAGCGUAUGCGGAUCCCUUCUCUUUAGCGCAGCACAAGUGCUCCAGGAUAGUGAGGGUGGAAUACAGGUGCCCCGAGUGCGACAAGGUCUUCAGCUGUCCGGCAAACCUCGCUUCUCACCGGCGCUGGCACAAGCCCAAACCUCUGGGCGCGACCAAGCCCGAGAUGACCAAGAUGCUGUGUGACGACAAAGCCGCGUGCGAGGAUGCGAAGGACGCGGCAGGAGGAGAGCUGGCCGGCAGCAGAGACACACCCAGCCCGGGCUUGUCGGAAUCCGGAUCGGAGGAUGGUCUCUACGACUGCCACCACUGCGGGAAGAAGUUCAAGCGUCAAGCGUAUCUCAAGAGGCACCUGGCGGGACACAACCCCCUGCAGAGCAAAGCGCGGGAGGACCUCGGAGAGAAUGGAGAGAAGCCCAAAGAGGGUCCCACCUCGGAGGACCACCAAAGCCAAGCCCCCUUGAACCUGAGCUCCUCGGAGAGCCACCCGUGCCCGGUGUGCGGGGAGACCUUCCCCAGCAGGCUGAGCCAGGAGAAGCACCUCCGGCUGCUCCACUCGGCCCAGGUGUUCCCCUGCAAGUACUGCCCCGCCACCUUCUACAGCUCCCCGGGGCUCACGCGCCACAUCAACAAAUGCCACCCGUCCGAGAACAGGCAAGUGAUCAUCCUGCAGAUGCCCGUGCGCCCUGCCUGCUAAAGAAAAGUAAAGAGUAAGAGUAAAGCAGAAGGGGAAAAAAAAAAAAAAAAAAGUCGUG